AACUCGCCCAAACUCAUCUUUCUCUGAUUCUGAACAAAACCUCCACUUUCUCUCAUUUCCGACGAGACAAAAAGAAGCUUCGUAGUAGAAAACGCGAAGCACGACGCGGUUAGAAAUCGAAACGAAAUCGAUCUACCUCUCAUUCUUCUUAAUCAGAUGUUAUAUGGAUACGUAUUCGUUUUCCUUUUGUUGCUUUGUUGUUUUGUUAACAUAAUUGAUGCAAGUGCAGGUGAUGCUGAUCCGCUUUAUAGGGGUUGCAUAAGACAAUGCCAGGAAACUGGAUGUGUUGGGCAAAAAUGCUUUCCACACUGUACUUUUUCGUCAGAUGGAGAAAUUGUCGGUCGUCCAUGGUACAUGCAAGAACCACUAUAUUUACAAUGGAAAAAAUGGGAUUGUCAAAGUGACUGCCGAUACCACUGUAUGCUUGAUAGAGAGAAAGAAAAAGAAUUACUUAACCUUGACCCGGUUAAGUAUCAUGGUAAAUGGCCAUUCAAGCGUAUUUUUGGGAUGCAGGAGCCUGCUUCUGUGGCUUUCUCAGCUCUCAAUCUUGCAAUGCAUUUUCAUGGUUGGGUCUCCUUUUUCAUAAUUUUGUACUAUAAAUUGCCUCUAAAAGAUGAGAAGAAGGCAUAUUAUGAGUAUGCUAGUUUGUGGCAUAUCUAUGCGCUCUUAUCGCUGAACUCAUGGUUCUGGAGUGCUGUUUUCCACAGUAGAGAUGUUGAUCUAACAGAGAAACUAGACUACUCAUCUGCAGUGAUUCUCCUUGGAUACUCCCUCAUUUUAGCCAUCUUACGAUCCUUCAAUGUUAGGGAUGAGGCUACCAGAGUUAUGGUUUCUGCUCCGUUGAGUGCUUUUGCGAUCACCCAUGUGAUGUACAUCAACUUCUAUAAACUAGAUUAUGGGUGGAAUAUGAAAGUUUGUGUAGUGAUGGCCGUGGCACAACUUGCAAUUUGGGCAGUUUGGGCAGGUGUUAGUCGCCAUCCUUCCCGUUGGAAGUUAUGGCUGGUUGUUUUCGCUGGUGGCCUUGCAAUGCUCCUCGAAAUAUACGAUUUCCCUCCAUAUGAAGGACUUUUCGAUGCACAUGCUAUUUGGCAUGCCUCCACUAUUCCCUUAACUUACAUUUGGUGGAGUUUUAUCAGGGAUGAUGCUCACUUUAGAACAACUAAAAUUCUUAAGAAGGCCAGGUAGCUUCCUUUUGGAGUUACCGAACAGGCUUUAAUGAAUAGAUUCUUUGAUGGUGUACUUGUAAGUGCUUAUUUCUGUGUCAUCAUUAUAGAUUUUUAGAUGCUUAGUUUUGUAUUUUAUUUGGGUGAAUGAUUAUUUUGACAUGUAUGACUGUUCUCUUCAGUUCAAAAGAUCAUUUCAAGAUUCCCUUUCA